CCUAUAUGCCUCAAAGUCUACUCGUUGGAGUAUCUGACAAUUUUACAAUCCUCGAUAAGAUGCUCCAAACCAGCAAACACACAAAAUAAAGCAGAACUAUUUUUCAUACGCAAAAAAAAAGAAAAAACCUUAUUCCUUUAAUUUCUUCCGUUUCUCCUUCUUCUUCUUCUUCUUAGAUCAUGGCUUCUGACCCGAAUUCAUCAACGCCCAAUACCACUUUCGUUCAAGCCGACCCGUCCAAUUUCCGAGCCGUUGUUCAACGACUCACUGGCGCAACUCAAGAUUCGUCUUCCGUGAAACUCCCUGUUACUGGGCCUCGACGAUCGGCUUUCAAGCUGCACGAACGGAGGCAGAGUGCGAGAAAGCUCGAGAUCAUGCUCAACAAUGGAGGUAGCUUCGGUGGGCCAGGCGGCUUCGGUGUCGGCUCACCUUCUUCUUCUCCUUCUCCUUCUUCAUCAGCUAGGAAGAGAAGCUUUUUGACUUCGCCAAUUUCACCACUGGAAAUGCUUACACGUGGCAGUCCGAGAUCGCCGAUGGAGGUGGAAGAAGAAAAAGCCAUUGCUGAAAAAGGAUUUUAUUUGCAUCCAAGUCCACUAAGUACUCCUAGAGGCGCUGAACCUCCUGAACUAUUGCCUUUGUUUCCACUUCAGUCCCCUACUGCAACAAAUAAUUCAUCAUCAUCUAGUUAAUUAUAAUAAUUAACGCGCGCUGUGUUAUAUAUUUAAUUAUAUGAAAGAAAUUGAUCAUCAAAAGGUGGUCUUACAACGAUCCGCUAAGUGAUUUCUUC